AUGGCCGGUGGUCCAAAGCAACCCUUGAAUGUGUUUCGGCUUAAUCGUGGAAAUGAUCCCAAGGAGAUUUUUAACUGGAAAUUAUGGUUCGCCGUGGUCUCCUUCGGCCUCAUGGGUGCGGCCCGUGGUGUAGAUGAGGGUUUGAUAUCGGGUGCCUUUGACUCGAAGGACUUCCAAAGGUCAAUCCACUUCGACUCCUACAGCACUGUCGAACAGGCGAAUAUUAAAGGCAAUGUUUCUGCUAUGGUGCAGCUUGGCUCUAUCGGGGGAGCUCUCUUUGCUUUCCUUGUCUGUGACCGAGUCGGACGUCUUUGGGCCACCCGUGAGCUUUGCGUGCUGUGGAUUCUCGGUAUCGCGGUUUUUAUGGGAUCAAACGGCAGUCUGGGCGCUGUAUAUGCUGGAAGAUUUAUUGCUGGACUGGGAGUCGGCCAGACAGUUGUUGUUGGGCCUGUCUAUCUCGCGGAAAUUGCACCAGCCUCCAUCCGUGGUCUCUGUACGUGUGUCUUCACCGGAUUCGUCUACCUGGGAAUAGUGCUCGCUUACUUUGCCAACUACGGCUGCGAGGUAAACAUGGGGGACAACACCCAGAAACGCUGGGAAGUGCCAACGAGUCUGCAUGUUAUAUUUGCGGGUCUUGUCUUUGUACUUUCCUUUAUCCAAUACGAGUCUCCCCGGUACCUCAUCAAGCGGAACAACUUCCCCCAGGCCUUGCAGAAUUUGGCGCGAAUUCGAAACCUCCCCCCAGACCAUGAAUACGUUGUGCAGGAGAUCACCUCCAUUCGGGCCUCCCAUGAGGCAGAAAUGGAGGCUACGCUUGGGCUUGGCUGGUCAGGAGUGCUCAAGGAGGCAGUGUUGAUUCCCAGCAAUCUGUACCGAUUGUAUCUUGCUCUCAUGGUUCAGAUCCUCUCGCAAUGGUCCGGCGCUGGGUCCAUCACGCUAUACGCCCCCAACCUAUUCACCUUGAUGGGAAUUAGUGGGUCACAGGAGUCCUUGCUCGUGACAGCUAUCUUUGGCCUCGUCAAGCUGGCUUCAGCUGUGAUCUGUGCCCUUUUCUUGGUGGAUGUCCUUGGGCGGAAACGGGCUCUUCUGUUGGGAAUCACGCUGCAAGCUAUCUCCAUGCUUUAUGUGGCUGCCUAUCUGACGGACAUCCCAGAGCUUGGCACAGUUGACGGGUUUGCCCUUCCAGACUCCAAGAAGGGCGCCAGUCGAGGUGCUAUUGCCAUGAUUUACAUCUCCGGAGCCGGAUGGGCGCUGGGUUGGAACUCCAUGCAAUACCUCCUCACUGCGGAACUAUUCCCCCUCCGCAUUCGAGCACUAGCGACUUCAACUGCCAUGACGUUGCAUUUUGCCAAUCAAUACGGCAAUUCGCGUGCCGUUCCCAAUAUGUUGCUGCCUAGUCCCGAGGGUGGGAUCACACCCAAGGGGACGUUCUGGCUCUUCUUCGUGGUCACCAUUCUAGGAGGGUUAUGGGUCCUCGUUAGUGUCCCUGAGACCGCGGGCCGGAGUUUGGAAAGCAUGGAUGAUCUCUUCCAACUGCCUUGGUAUAAAAUUGGAUUGUACGGACAGCAGGACGCGGCUCAACGCGACCUGGCCAACUGGACCAAGACGGAAAGUAUGAAGGAGGGCAUUCCCGGGGAGAGUCAAGUAGAACGAGUGUAG